AUGUUCAAAACAGUUGUUAUGCGAAAUACUGCUAUUGAGUACAUUCAAAUGGGUGAUAUGGACGAUAAUGUAGAGCGUUUCGAAUUCAGUGAUGGUAGUUUUUUGUUUUAUUUUGUUUGAUAGACAUUACUGUUAUCACCUAACCAACUUUAUUACAAAGAUACCCUGAUGAGAACAAGUUCAUCACCUGCCAGUUACAGUCAAUUGUUGCCUUGUGGGCGCUUGCUAUUACUAACAAAAUCCAGAUCCCCGGCAAAAGCUAAGGGGCUUGACUGGAAAUGACUCCCGCUGUUACGGACUCAUGCUAUUACGGAAUUACAGACACUUUCUUGUUACCAAAGUGACAAUUUUUUGGUUUUGAAUCUCAAUAAAGCGGACACGCUGUACUUCUGAUAUGACAUGAUUAUGUAUAUUACAGUCUGCUGUUCAUCAUUUGCUAAAAUACAUUUCAAAAGAUUUCCAGAAUGUUUAUUUUCACAUCAGUUCCUUAAAUUGUCUGUACAGUUGUCCUCACUUCUUCACUUAAGCUUGCGCUUUUUUCUUCCGGCUAUUUUAGGAGAGCUCAGGCCCCAUCCCAGCAGUUUCGGUACUGUUGAUAAGUUUGUAUAGAUAUUUUGGGUUACUUGCCAUAUAGCUCAUAAAUAACUGGAAUCUCAAGCCACAGCCCACCACCUCUGUUAAUCCUUUUCCCACAAAUUAUGGCCAGCCCCCCGUAAUUGUCCCUCAUUAAAAAGCAGGACAGAUGUCUAAAUGUGGUAUCAGACAGUGUUUUUGAUGAGAAACUGUUUAAUAUUACAGUUUCAGUUCACUCCAUUAUGUUUUGUUGUUCAACGCAAAAAUUAAGGAACUGCAUUGAUUAAUUGUGCUAGUAUUCGCAUAAGUAGCGCAUUUAAACCUUAUGAACAUAGUUAAUGCUAUUUAUGAUAUUAUUGUAUGUUAACUACACUUUUUUCUCCCACCCUGCUAUUACAAACUCUCACUUUUAUGGUCGUAAGACCGCAGUCCCGAGGGUGUCCACUAUAACAGGAGUUGACUGUAUUUGCUAUGGCAUUGGUUUAUGUAAUCUUUACUAGCUGUAGAUCUGUAUAAUAUAUAAAUUUAGCCAAGGCUAAGGGUGAAGCUCCUGUUAAUUGCUGCGGAGCGACCAAAGGGAGCGAGCAGCAACAUAAUCAGGAUUUAAAGGAAAUAUAUAAAGGGGCGACGAAUUCUCGAAUUCAUCACUUUUUACCACAAUGCAUUGCAUUUAACCACACUUUUUACCACAAUGCAUUGCAUUUAACCAGAGUGCAUUACGCCACGAACAACUCAAAUAAAAACACGGGGGAGUAGUGUAUCGUUCGCUGCUCAGUUCUACAGCACGGUUAGAGGUCUUACCAAAUUUUAAGACACGCAGGAGUCUUUCAGAUGAGUACGAUGGUUAACUUGGGAAGUGGAUUUCAAUUCAAGAGCCUUUGACUCUUCCAGGUGUUAAACCUGACUAGAAGAUGAGCAUUUGCUCUUCGACUCCACAACACGGGGGAUAUACAAAUUCCAGCUUGCUAGAAGGUGAUGUGAAAGUGAGAAAAUGUCAUGAAAUGCUAUUCUUAAGAAACUGUAUGAGCUGAAAAUGGAUGUGAUUUUGACCAUUCGCUUCAAAAUAACAGCGGAAAUCGAGAUAACAAAACAUAUGUUUUGUGUCCUACUUUGCAGACCAGGACGUGUAUCGGCGUUUUGAAAAGCAUAAUUAUGUUCUUUCAUUCAUUCAUUGCCAUGGAAUAUGCGUUCACAUUGUUUUUCACUGUUAAUAGCUCGGUUAAUGCGGCUGGCGAUCAUCUUGCCGGCGGAAGUUUCAUACAAAAGGAAUAAAAUGAAACACUUUUCCCGGAAAUUACGUAAUCAGCCUCUAUGGUGUAGUGGUAAGGUGUAGUCGCGUCGAACCGAAGGUGCCGGGUUGGAGACGUACCGAAUUAUUAAUUCCGACUCUCUUUUUUUUUUCCUUUUUUUGUGUUGUUGUUUUCUAUAAAAUAAUAGCUAAAUAACUGUUACUUAAUAAAGUGCAACAAACAGCAAGAAAAGUAUUGUGUUUCCAGAGAAAAUAUCGUGCACUGUAUAUUAAAUAUCUGGAUAAUCAAUCUCAAUUUCUAUUAUUUCCUACAAUUUACUGUGGGAAAACCAGAGUUGAUAACCACUUGAUCAUUUUCUAAACAACGUUCCCACGAGUUCUUUCUAUAGACUGAUAGUUAUUAUUCUAGUACUUUCCAACAUGUAAAUAGGACAUUCAAUGUCAUUUUUGAUUCUUUCAAGUCUCACUGCCUAACUAAUGCCAGUAUCAACAGAAUGUGCCGCAGCAUUACUAUCUUUUAGAUACCCUAGUAAAUAGAAAUCUACUUUAAGUUGAGCCUGCAAUCAAUUCAAAACUAGUAAAUUGUCAGGGGAGAAAAAAAGAAACAUGUAACCUGUAAAACAAAAACAUGUAAACACUGGAGCCUGCAAUACAGUCAUGUGAUACUGGUCAACAGAUGGAUUCCCUGUUUUAAAAGCUUUCAAUUGACCACAACAUGGAUAUGCAAUAUCAGGUUGCAGGCUCCCAGAUUAGCUAGAAAGUUUGACAUCUAACAUUGGUAUCCCUCUGGUGCGGAUGGACGGACAAAUGGGCAGAUGGGCAGAUGUAUGGCCACAUGAUUUCCUGGAUGGAUAGAUUACUUAAUUUUCUUAGGAAUGGGGCUUACGCACGCGUGGAGCUCUGCUAUUGGUUAUUAUUCUGGUCGUUGUACGGGAUUCAGAUAGUCAUUUCAAGAUGAAAACGUCUGUGCAUAUCAUGUUAAUAAAGUUUCACCAGUAACAUUUUUUGUUUGAAUUCCUUGCACCAUUCAGUCUGAAGUGAGGGUCCCCUUUACUUAGAUGUUUGCCAUCAGCUGUAAGUUCGAUUCUAACUCUCUCUACAAAUUCUCCUGAAAAAAAGUUUACAAAAUUUCUAAUUUCUUCUGGUGAAACCUUAAGAAAUAAAUAGUAUUGUUCUUUAAAAGUGGUGCUGAAAGGGUUUCAUUUGAAUGGUCCAUGUAACACCACCAGAUUUCAGAAAAAUGGAGAGGCGAGCAAAGACUAACAGCAACUCCACAUUUAAUGUCCUGAUCCAGAAACUACUUGAAAAGUAAAGCUUUUUGAAUUGACAUGGAAGAACCAUAGAGCUAAUUGCCUGUACAUAAAAUGUUGCUGAUAGUGGGGGGUUAUGGUUACUUAUUGAGAAUGGGGAUUAUGGUUACGUAAUUGUCAUGUAAUUCCCUUUCUUGUUACAAUGUCUAUGUUACGACAAAGAACAAUAAUUGUUAAGUAAUUAUGAUAAUAAUAUUAAUGGCACAAGAGUAAGUGAAAAAUUAUCUGACCAUUGGUCUAGGAGUGUAGGGGUUGACACAGUGUGGCCCCUCUCCUUAUAAUUAUGCUAUAAGCCUCUGCUUUUUCUAGAACUAUAUUCGUUCAGCCAAAACAUAACAUUGAAGAAAAAAUGCUUAUUUCAUUUCUUAGAACAUGUAAAUCCAGACUUUAUUGGCCUUUAAGGGUUUCAUUGUUUUUUAGACCAGGCUAGUUUAGUUAAUUGAUACAGCUUGGUGAUUUCAAUUUAGUGACUGUGAUUUUGUUAUUGAGGCUCUUUGUGAAAAGACAAUGGAGUUGUAAUUACUUUUUUUGAAUAUCUAAGCUCAGCAGGGAUGUACAAGAGGAGUUAAAAAGUAGAUUUUUCAAUUUUGUCUCUUUUAUAGCAACAGACAACGAUACAGCAACCUCGGACAAUUCUUAUGAACUAAGUGGUGAAAUGGAUGAUGUCAACAACAGAGGAAAAGUUGGGGGGAGAAGAGACAUAGCUAGCACAUACUUUGAUCAAAGAAUACCUAUACCUCGAGAAGAUAGAGAUGAUGAUGUAAGUCAUUAAAUAUAAUGAAAAGUUUUGUUUAUUUAUUAUACCGUAGUAUGCUUUAAAGGGCAAGAUACAUCUUCUAAUCCAUGAAAAUAACAAUUUAUAAAAUUAAUGUCAAGUAAGGCCCUCUUCCCCUGGGUGCCAGAGGCUUUUCACACGCGGUUUCCAGUUUUGGUCAAGUUUUCAAAAAUCACCUGCACAAAAAGCCUCUGGACCAGAGGGCCAUCCCUUUGAUAGCACCUAGCCAAUGCCAACCCCACUUAUACCAAAACAUCCAGAAUCUGGAUGUUUUGCUGAUUGGUUCCUUGGAGAUGGCGAGUGUUUCAAAAUUUAAUGCUCUGAUUGGAUUACAAUCACAAUAGGUGCGUGAUCGGGGCACGGGUGGUUUGAAGGUGACAAAGAUCAAAUCCAAACAAUACAAGCACACGUCACAUACGUUUUCACUUCUUGGAAGAGAAUUGGAAAUAUCAGAUGCCUCUAUGAACCAGUCUGUGUACGGAUGGAAGAUUUAGAUAAGGCAGGAGCCCAUCUCUAGGAUAAGGCAAAAGCCAAAGUCAUUGGAACAUUUGAUGGCGUGGAGGAAAUAAGUGCAGAACUAAGAGAGGGCAUUGUGAAUUAUAUUCAAAGAAAAGUCAUAUUGGUGGUCUUGCUGACCAGCUAUGGAAAAUCAAAAUGCUGCUUGUUCCAAUGAAUUUUUUGUCUAGCGGGUAGAUUAUGCUCUGGAGGUUUCUACGUAUGUACGUAUUACAGGGGCGGAUCCAGGAUUUUUUUUAGGAGGGGGUGCACUCGUCUCUUGCUCUACUUCAACACCAAUAAACCACAUAGAUUUUUUUUGCAGAAUACCAGUUGUAUUAGAAAACUGCAGGUCAUCUCUGGGGGGGCUGCGCACUCCCUACACCCUCCCGCUAGAUCCGCCCCUGCAUUAUUUUUGGCGCUUGUUUCAUACUGAGAAGUCGUGGCCCUCAUAUUGAUUUUCUAUGGUUUGUUUCUGGUCGGCAUGAUUUGCCCUCUGAUGCAAUAGCAUUUUCUCUGACCUCUUUUGAAACAUGACGUUCUCCAUUGCGGCUAAAUAAACUUUUAGGUUGUUUAAUUUUCUUCCAAAUUUCGAAAAAUGGAUUGCAGCUUAAACUGAAGCUACAUGAAUAAUGGAGAACUGCACUGUGACUCAGGCAAGAUUGCUCUUUGAGCAAUGAUGAUUUUUUAAAAACUCCAGCUUGUUUGUCUAAAGAUAAUGUGACUCUUUAGGCUGGAGCGCAUCUUUCCUCCCUGGGAAAUUACUUUUUUAGUGCUUGACAGAUUAGAGACAAGGUCAAGGUCCAUCUAGCACAGUAAAUCAAGAUGCUCUGCACCAGAGGUUUUUUCUCGCGGCCGGAUGAAGCUCCUCAUCGCAUGCAAGAAAAAACCUCUGUUACCCUGGGUAAAGACCCUCCAACCAUGCAUAGUUCUUAAAUUUCUGGGAGACAAACACAACUUGCAUGCUUAGUUUUACCAAGAGGUGGAGGUGGAGAAUGAUUUUGAAUGAAAUUAGCUGAUACAUAUAAGGUUUCAGUUGCUUUAUAUCUGUUGUAGUUAUGAUAUUAUUUCUCCUUAACAACCAAAAUCUUCAAAUAACAGGGAUCAACAAAAUAAUAUCCUGCACACUUUUCGAAAAAACAAUUUAGGAAAAUAGCCUUUAUUGAGGACCUGAAUACAGCCAUUCAGGUCCACUGACAGCAACAUGUUGUCACAUCCUUGUUAUAAAAUGACCAACUCACAUCCUAAUGCUUAAACUGUUUUAAUAAUUAAAAUUAUUAUUGAUCAGUAUUUCAAGCCACCAUCUUUCUCUACAUGGGCAAAUAGCAUUGUCUUUCUUGAGCGAUGGCAAAUGUAUAUUAAAAAAAUACUGAAAUCCAGAACAGAUUUUACUCUGAUUGUAGAAUGUAAGUUGUUGCUUUAAACCUGUGAUGAAUGUGGGAGUUACAGGUGGUCUCAAGCGUUAGUGUUGUUCUAUGUAUAGUAUGAUGCAUGCUAAAGAUCUUGUUAACCCUGUAAGUCCCAAUGGUGACCAACAUCAAUUUUCUCCUCACGAUAUCCCUACAAUGUGAAGAGAUUAGGUUAUGAGAAUUAAUAAAAUGAUUACCUAAGAGAAAAUGCUUUGAUCUUUUAUCAAUUUCUCUCAACUUAUUCUGUAAGGAAAUGUAUAGAGAUCAGUUUGGAGAAUUUGUAUGUGGAUAUUGGGGCUUAAAGGACUAAAGCUCUUGCUAAGACUGAAGAGGACUACAUCUAAAUGACUUAAGUUUGAAUACAUGACAUGUAUGCACCCUUGUUUUGGUGCUGUUUGAGGUAGUGUAUGAUACGUUCUGUUUCCUCUUGCAGGGAUACAAAUUCAGUUUCCGUCGCUUAUGGGCAUUCACAGGUCCUGGAUUUUUAAUGAGCAUAGCUUACCUUGAUCCAGGGAACAUUGAGUCUGAUCUGCAGUCAGGAGCAGUUGCAAAAUUUAAGGUAAUGACAUCAUGUGCAGUUGAAGUCGUUGUGAUCCUGCCAAAAAUAGGGAUAUGCUUGGGUGUAAUGGGAGACACCAAAAGUUGAAGGAAAGGGCAUGCAACCAACUACCUUUCUGGAAUGAAUGAUGGGUUCCACGAGAAUGUGGCAGCGUUACUGUUUUCUAUUUUUUCACUGUAAGACUGUAAUUUGAUUUCAGUACACUGACUUUUAUGUUUAACAGAGAUAAGUGCUUUCUAUUGAUAAUGUUCUACAGAUUAAAUGCGAUAUUCCAGUUUCAUAAGGGUUGUGGCAUCUUAAACUAUAGGAGUGAGGAACCAUUGUUUUUUGAACUGCAACGCAUUGAUUCUGGACUGGGAAUCAUAAUUUUUCAUAAGAUGAGUCCGAGGACUCUCUGUUAGCAAAUUGUCACAAAAUCACUGGUGGGUAGAAAUUACUUGUGGGCUGGAAGGCUUAUACAGUCAAGCGUGUCACUAAUUUGUCAUGAUAAUGAAGUAGUUUUGUUUAUAAUUUUAUUCACAGCUGCUUUGGGUUCUUAUGUGUUCAACCUUCAUGGGACUUCUCAUGCAGGUAUAACUAAUAUUAACACUGUGAAAGGUGUGAAUCCAAGGGUCAUUUCAAAAGUAGGUUCUGUGUGAUCAUCUGGGUGGACGUAGUCCUGAAUAGGACUGUUGUUGUUGACAGUGACUGAUGUUUCGACAACCAGUGCGGUAGUUAUAUUCAGAACCAAAGUGAGUUGUAUCACGCCAGUUUAUUGUAUUAUACUCCGGUUAUUGACCUGAUGGAUCAAUUACAUCACGAUGUUAUUGGUCGUCUGUCAGUUAAGCCAUGGUGUUAUUGGCUAUGAAGACUCGUAAUGUAAUUGGUGCGUUUCGAUCCAUCUAUUGUCACAGUUAAACAGUUGUCUAUUGUUAGUCAGAUUGUAAGUUCUCCAGUUGUUCUGUCUUAGCUAGUUUUGCUUGAUUUCAUCAAUCAGUCGUUUGUGUGGUGCCGGUAACUGUUGAGUACGAUUCAAUAACGUUUGUUCUAAGUCAGUAAACCAGCUUUCUAAGUGAGUCAUUGAUAGUAGUCUGUAGAAUACGUAAUACAUGUCACAGAGUCCCAGUCGAUUUGAUGUUUUGCCUGUAAAUGGUGCCGUUUAGCAAUGUGAUUGUUGACGUCACCAUUCUUCGUAGCUCGUUUGUGUUCGGUCAUUCACGUGCUAAGGUUUCUGCCAUUCUCACCAAUGUAAGGAGCCUGGUAGUCGCAGCAUUUGAUCUUGGAUACUGCUCCCUGUCUGUCCUCCGGUUUGUCUUUGUCCUAGACGUUGCCUUACAAUAUACGUGUUGCACACAAACCAAUAACCACUUUACAACAACUACUUACUUAUGUCAAGGACUACUUACUAAUGUCAUCGCAACGUAAUUUACCAAUCAGGUCACUAACCAUAUGAGUUUAAUACCAUCAACUGACGUGAUACAACUCACUUUGACUCUGAAGAUAACUACCGCACAGGUUGUCAAAAUGUCAGUCACUGUCAACAACAACAGUUAUUCAGGAAUACGUUCAUCCGGAUGAUCAAACUCAGCCUAAUUUUAAUAUUAAUAUUGUUGAGAAAUAAACUUACCCUCUCCCAGCACCAUAACAGCCAAUGGUCAGCUGUUGGUUGAAACUAAGGUAACUAAGGUUUGAUUGACAGGCUACAUAGUAAGGGGGAUAGGGGAGCUUCUCGUGUGCCAUAAUCGUGUCAAAUGGGAGAGAACCAAUUAUAUCAUCAGAGGGAGUUUGGAUCAUGUUGACAGGAAACAGGAAAGGUUAUUAUGUGCCACGUGACAAAGUUUUCCCUUUGAUAUCAUUUUUACUGCUUUUAAUUUUAACAAAACAUUGUUGUGAUCACUUGAAAUAGUCCCCUGUUAUUAAUUUUAAAGGGUCAGGUACAGGGUGUGGGGGAAGUAGGGUUAUUUUCAACACCUUUCUGUCUGUAAUCUUUCAUGUAAGGAUUUUUAUUUCUAUGCACUGAUCAUUACUUCUUUUUAAUCAUCAGAGAUUGUCUCUAAGACUGGGAACUGUAACGGGUAGGUCAAGACACAUUGUAUCACUAGGGUCCAUGGAUUAAGCCUUUAAGCUCCAAUAUCCACAUGCAAAUUUUCGAAACUGAUCUAUUUUAAUAAAUAGUAAGUUGAGAGAAUUUGAUAAAAGUUCAAAGCAUUUUCCCUUAGGUGAAUAUUGUAUUAAUUCUCACAACCUAUUCUCUUGAUUGUGUAUUGAUAUUGUUUGGAGAAAUUUGGUGUUGGUCACUAACAUGUAAAGGGUUAAACGUAUUUCAUGUACAUGUACAGUGCUCCACCAUAGUUUGUUUUCUUGUCACGCCAUGGCGUUAAACAUUCUGUUGCUGUUGAUUUUGUUUUAUUCAUCUAUUCCCCUGCGUAGAUAUGUCCCUGAGUGGAGCAUACCCUACUGUAAUAACAGGACUUUAAAGCCAAAUUGGUGCAGCCUUUCUCUAAGGACAAAAUGACAGACACUGCCUUGUGGGGAGGUUUUGAAAUCACUACACCACAGUAACUGACACUCGCCUUCUACAUCUGAGUGCUGUCUUUGUUUGUUUAGCAGAGCUUUGUAGGAUUGUUAGUUGUAGAAGGAUUUCCCUAUGUCACCGAUUUGUCUCUGUUUAAUCUGGUAGUGAAAGAUCAAUAAACAAAACAUGAAGAACUAAGAGAGCUGACAAAUUUUUUAUGCUCAGAUAUUCUUAAACUUGAUUACUAGUACAAUACUGUAUACUCCUAGCAUAGUUAUGUUGUAUUUGUUAGAUUGUAUACAUAUCACCUGUUCAUUCAGUAUUUCUUAACUGCAAGAAAGUGAAAGAAACUAUAUUUAUUUAUUUAUUUAUCUAUCUCCCAUGUCAUCAUUACGUGUCUCACUUGAAUGUUUUAAUCUUUGUAGGCUUUCAUCUUGCCGAGGUCUGCUAUCAAAAGUACCCUAAGAUACCACGCAUCAUUCUCUGGAUCAUGGUUGAGAUUGCAAUUAUCGGCAGUGACAUGCAGGUAUCUUUCUAAAAUUCUUUGUUAAUGGCACAAAAUUGAUUAAAUAAUUAUUAUUGUUUUCAAAUAGACCAUUCAAGUCUUUUUCAUUUUUUGAAGUUGUUGUAUGGAUCAGUCAAUGAGUGUCCAAUGGCAGUGCUGGAAAGAGCAGUUAACUUCUCACGUUUGGUAGUGAUAGGUCUGAAGCAAGCAAAAACUACGCUUCACUUCAGUUAACCUCACAGAAUUUAAAAUGUGCAAAAUUUUGCAAACUUUUGUGUGCCCUCAAUUUAUCUUAAAGGCCGCAACUUAUUUCUAGGGGUGUAUCUGUGGUAGCUUUCAAUAGGGAGCUUAAGCAAAGACGUUUCUGAGUGACGCAUGUCAACCGGAAGUGAGACCUUGGUUCUUUUUAUGUGCCUUGAUGCUAAGAAAUUUGUAUUCCUAAGUUUCAUUUCUCUUAUAAAGACCCUUUAUGUGAGAGUUUCAAUCAAACCACUGCCCAAUGAUGCGAAAAGUCCACUUCUGGUUGACAUCCAUCACUCAAAAAUGCUGUUGAAGUAAGCUGGCUAUUAUAUCACUUCCACACUAAGUAACAUUACUGAUUUUAAAAGGCUCUUUCCAGCAGUGUUGAUGUAUUUUUACUAGCUUGUCCAUGUCAAAAUGUAAAAAAAAUUGAAAGGGUCAAUUACAUUUAAGAAUGUAUGCUGUUAGUGAACAAGAUCUACAUUCUUGCUUACAAAAUAUUAUAGUUAAAACAAAAAUAUUCUUUUGCGUCUGUAGGAAGUAAUUGGUACAGCAAUAGCCUUUAACCUCUUAUCAAAUGGAAAGUAAGUAUAUUAAUUCAAUUUGUAUUACUUUGCUUGUUAAACAGGAAUGAUUUAUUAACCGACUACUUUGCUUAAGUGGAACGUAGGUGCCUGGGAUACCCAGAGGCUUCUACUGUGGCCAGCCAGCCCCUAUAUAGAAUACUGCCCCCAUGGCUGGCAAAUCCCUCCAACUCAGCCAUGAACCCCCAUUCAAACAGUGGAAGGAAGAAAAAUAAGGGGUGGGAGGAGGGGGAAGACGCUAACUGAACCACUCCACAGACCACUGCACAAACACUCAACGAAGAACUUGCAGAUCCUAGCAGUGUACAAAUUUACUUCGUACCAUGUGAGCCUGCACUUAUGGGACUGACCGUUGGAUGCCCACUAAGCUCAUGGGCUGCUCGACCGCUAAGCUUGUGGACCACUUUUAAAACUUGUGGGCCACUAAACUUGUGGACCACUGAACCGCUUGACCGCUAAGCUUGUGAACCACUUGACCACCAAGCUCAUGAACCACUUGAUUGCUAAGCUAGUGGACCACUUGACCACUAAGCUCAUGGUGGUUAACUUAGUUAAAUUACAUUUAAAAUAAUUUUGCAUAAUAUCUUAAUAUCUUUUUCACACCCUAGCAGGGGAAAAGUACAUACUCAUGUUAUCAGGUCAAGGUCUCCUGCAAAACAAACAUUAUUCUAAUGAAUAUUAUGUAUUAAAAUGAUUUUUUUGUUAUUUUUCUUGAAAUUACGUGUACACAAGUUAAUCCUCACUAUUGUUUCAUCACUAGAAUCCCUUUGUACGGUGGAGUGCUUAUAACCAUCACGGAUACUUUCAUCUUCUUAUUUCUUGAUAAAUAUGGUAUGUUGUAUGUCAUUAUUAUGAAAAUUUUAGUGUGCUACAAUACUUAGAGUGUAGGUGACUGGUAUUGUGUAUGGUAAUGUAUAUGGAAUUUGUAUGUGUAAUGUGUACAUGGAUAGUGGUUCUGAUUGGUUGGACAAAGCAAAUUUUCUCCUCUAAAUACUGUCUGCCCCUUGCCCUUCCUUUCUGAUUUUGACACUCUCAUGAUAUUAUUUAACACAACUUUUGCCCCCAACAGUCCUUAGUAAUCUCAAGAGUAAUGCAGUUCUAGUCGAGACUGGUUCUCCGUUUUAAUAUCAUAAAUGAUUGUAGAGGCUUUCUAUGUCUUAUACUGUAGUUUCAAAUUUUUUUCCAUCUUUUUUUUCUUUUUAAGGUCUUAGAAAGCUAGAGGCCUUUUUUGGGUUUUUAAUAUCAGUAAUGGCCAUAGCAUUUGGAUAUGAGGUUUGCUGUGUUGUUUCAUGUAACAGUGUGUUACAUUAUGCAAUGUUAUGUUGUGUUACGUUAGUUAGUUGCAUGACUACUGUUUAUUGAGUAAGCACAGGAACAAUGAACAAUAGCUCGCUGUCAGGUGAUUUAGUCUCUUCUUUGUAAUCGAAAACCAUCGUUAAUGGAAGUAGAAUAAAGCCUUUAGAAUCUCCAUAUUGGACUCUUGAGAGCAGUCAGUGGGGAUAUUUAACACAGUGUACUGUAUAUCUAUAAAUUUUUUAUACUGAGCAUUGUAAAAUCUUGGUGAAAAAUAAGAAUCUACUGUAGUCUGUUAAUAAAUUAGUAAUAAAAUUAUUUUAAUUGCUCAGCCUCCAGAAUAAUAAUAUUUAUGUCAAGCAUAAAAUACAAUCUGCAACUUUGUUUAAAAUUGUAUUUUGUGUUUCUUCUUUUUUAUUUCAGUAUGUCAGGGUUGCCCCAAAUCAGGGUGAGGUUGUUAAAGGCCUUUUUAUACCUUGGUGUGAAAAUUGUGAUAAGGAUAGUAUUAUGCAGGUAAAGUACAUUUAAAAUUAAGAUUACAACCGAAUGAUAAUUAUUUUGAUUUCUUGUUUAAGCACUAACAUAAACUUGAGAAGCAUCUUGGUACUGUUAAUUGACAGUUUAAUGUAUCUGCUGGUGUAAUAAAAUUGUCAAGAUGAUUAUUUUCAUAGUGUUAGAGUUAGCCUGUGAGCAAGCUCUUGUGGGUUAGGGUGGGGCGUGGGCUUGCUGGCAGUUAUAUUAUGUUGGAGUUUUAUGUUGAUUUUUAAUCAUAUGAUUGUUUUCUGAUUCAAACAAGGAUUUGUUAUUGGCUCUCUCAUUAUCAGUAAACAGAAUUAGGGGCAACAAAAAUACAAAAAUUAAAUUUACUAUUUUUCUUUUCGUUUCUUUUGUGGUAGGCUGUGGGAAUUGUUGGAGCCGUGAUCAUGCCUCAUAACAUGUAUCUACACUCAGCUUUAGUAAAGGUAGUGAAUUAGUCCAGACAAAAGUUAGCAUAGAAAUUCCAUCGUGAUGACGCAUCAUUACCCAUACCUGGGUAGUGCUUCUGAUUUGUUAAAAUAUUUGCUUUGUCCAAUCUGAAGCACUAUCGAGAUCUGGGUAGUGAUGCAUCGUCAGUAUGGAAUUUCCUUGCUUAUUCCUCAGAUGCCAUUUUGUACACAUGAACAAACCAAGACUGUGAAAAGUUACUUGAGUCUGUUUUGUGUCGCAAUUCGAAAAAAGUUACUACAGCUCACCCAGGGUACCAGAAAUUUUUUCUCCUUGGCCAAAGGAUCCUUCAGGGUCAGCUGCUUGAAUUUGGGAGAGUGAAAAAGCAGUUCACUAUGAAGAUUUGACGGAAACCAGAAACUGCUCUUAAAAUGUCCCUGGUAACCAGGGUACUCCAUGCACAAUUUCUCCGAGAAUGAGGUUUUAAAAUCUAGAAUUGGUUAUUGAGAAUCCAGUCAAUCUUUUCUAAAUCUCCUCGACCUGUGGCCAAUGGCUAAUCCUGAAACAUCUAGGCAUGCAGCAGAAAAAACCAAGAUGGCUAGGUUCAGGGUUGCACUGAACCUUGAUGAAAGGUUUCUGGAAGACAGGGUAAUUAUGAACAAACAUGGCAGUCUAUUUUGUCUUACCAUGCAUGAAAGAUAACAGGCUUCUUUUGCUUUGUGUUUUUAUGACUACCACAGUCAAGAGAGGUUGAUAGAAACAACCAGAAAGCGGUAAAAGAAGCAAAUAUGUAUUAUUUUAUUGAAUCAGGUGAGGGUUCUUAGAUACAUUAAGUUUAAGUGUGAUACGACUGUACAAUAACAUAAUUUAAACAAAAUAAUUAACUAAAUAUAACUAAGAAAGUGAAGAAUGGUCAUUGCAGUAAAUUUUCCAAUUUAAGCAAUUGGAAAGAAGAAGCCCAUUGAAACCCUGAUUUUUUUCAGGCUUCUUCUUUCCAGUUGCUUAAAUUGGAAAAUUUACUGCGAUGAUCAUUCUUCACUUUCAUCUACAACCGCAGUUCAAAAAUGAAUUAUUUCAUAUACUUCACAUUAAAUAUAACUAAAUAGAUAAAUGAACAAAAGUACACUAGGUAAACAAAAGCAAAAGCAGGUUACGGAAUUUCGCUGUAGAUUAAAGUUUUUCUCCCAACUAAAACGUUAGAUAUAAAUGAAUGCUCUCAAGCGACCCAUCUCUUAAAAAAACAGCAAAGUGUAAUAGUUUCUAUACUUGUAUAAAAUCAGAACACAUUCGAUAAAUUGAUUAAAUUUAUACAUGAAACAACAAUAACGUCUUGUCACAGUUUACCAGGGGUGGAUCUAGGGGGAGGGUGCAGGGGGUGCACCCCCCCCAGCAUUCUGCAAAAAAAAAACUAUGUGGUUUAUUAGUGUUGAAGUAGAGCAAGAGACGAGUGCACCCCCUCCUAAAGAAAAUCCUGGAUGCGCCCCUGUCUACUGAAUAUUCGUUUCUUGACUGGUCAUUUUAAAUUCAAAGUUACUGGAGGUCAUUUGUUAGUUAAGCAAUGAUGCUAUUGGCGAUAAAAACUCUAAACACCAACAUCAGGACUCAAUUGACCGAUCAGGUUACUUAACAGGCUCACUGAUGCUACUCGACUCACCUUGACUGUAGUAAGGACUUCUGAGCUGUGGGUUGCUGAUUCUUAUUCACCAACAGUAAUUUCCCUAACUGGGGACUAAAAAUGACUACUUCCCUCGAUGAUCGUUAGCCUAUGUAGUUGGCAGGAUUAGACUGAGGAGUGCCUUUAGCAGAGGAUUGAGUGAUCACAUGACGUUCAAUUUGACUCUUCGCCCAUUCAUUACCUACCCUCUGCAUACACUCAGUCUUGGUAGGUUGCUGGUUACUGAUGGUUACUGAUGGUUACUGAUGUUAUAUUUUUGUAUCACUGUUCCUGCAGCCAUUGCCCUGUUUGUUUCACUCAUCAUCAACAUAUUUGUUGUUGCAGUAUUUGCGGAGGUUAGUAGGCAACAAACCUUAAAUGACCAAUAAAUGUCCAGGGCAUCUAUUUAAUUUUAGGGGUCCAAGCAGCGGCAUUUAAGGGGAUUCCUUAGUAUAAAAACCUAACAUAGACUGUAGAUGAAACUUGGUAUACUGAUGUAACAAGUCAAGAAGAUGAUAAAAAAGUAAAAAAAAGUGGGGGUCACCGUGCUCGUUUUGACGUCACAAUGCUGACAAAUACGGCUAUUUAGGACCCUUUUACAAAAACCGCGGGCAUCCCAAAACUAGACAAAAAGGAGAGAUUUUUUCGAUGAUGCAUGUGGUAUCGCGUAGAAUUUGACUUUAAUGUAUUGUUUAUCCACUUAUGUACCAGAAAAAUGUCUUUUAAUGCCCUUGUUUUUACUUUACGCUCCAAAGUAGAAUUAAAUUGGACACGCGCUAUUCGACCCAUGAGAGCUCAAUCCGUAAAAUUUAGUAAAACUGCCAAAAAACUGAACAUAGAUUUGUGCCAAUUUUUUCCUCAUCAAAAGAAAACACUGUCCUUGUUAAAAUCAUGAAAUGAAAAAUGGGGGUCACCGUACUCGUUUUUGCGGUAGAGCUGCAGAAAGUGCGCACCAAAUGCAUUUUCUCUGUUAUUUGAGAGAGGACUGGGGCGAGUUUCAAAAUAGAAUGUAUGUGUAAGGGGGAAGGAAGUAUUAAAAAAUCCGUUUUUACAGAAUUUACAUCGAGAUAUCACAUUUAGGACACAAUGUGAUAAAGUAAGCGUUUAAAUGAAAAUCAAAGUGAGUAAGCACAAGUUAAACACCCACUAUUGAGGUUCCCCAAGAGGAAGUCGAACUCAGCAACACGUGUACUGCUUAGGUUAUGCACAUCCCCAACACAUUGAGUCUCACCUUGGCAAGAAACUACAGCAAGCAAAAAAAAGACUGAAACAGACUGCAUUGAUAUUGUGGAUUUUGCAAAAAUUGUAAUCCUAACAGGUUUUCAAAGUUCAUUUUUCACACACAACUGGGAUCCAUGCCAAGCCAACCAUGCAACAGUCAGUAGGGGAAGGCAACUCUGAAAUGCCAUGUGACCUGAAGACCCCAUGCACACUCGAACCCAAACUCCCAGCCGCGUGCUAGAAAAACGUUUUCCGCUUCUUUCGUUCCUCAGCCAGCGGAAAACCACACUUUUGUUGUUUGUAAAGUUUGAUAUAGUGCUUGAGAGACAGAAAUACAUGGGAUCUAUUUUGCUUUCUGGGAAACUGCCCACGUACCCGUCCCCUAAGCCAUCAUUUUGCCCUAAGUGAAAAGUAAGUGUUAAACUUAAUGUUAGUUUAGGGGAGGGGUAUGUGGGUAGUUUCCCAGAAAUCUAAAUUGAUCUCAUACACGUACCUUGACCUUGCGCUUAUAAGCCCAUCUACCUGUUAGUCAGCUUCAAACAAGUUUUGUUUUCUCCUACGUAAAAUGCUAAACGUUUUUGUGUCAGCGAUGUCCUCUAUGCUCGGUAACAUUUUUUUUCUGCUCCUUUAGGCUUUUUAUGGGAGAACUUAUCGUCAGGUGGUAAGUUUUAAAACACUGUAGGUAUAAUUGUUUUGUUUUGUGUGCAUGUUUAGAAACACAAGGGAUUUCAGCUAGCAGGCGUAUAUGUUUUGUUUCUGUAUCAGAAAAUUUAGAAGAAACAGAAGAUUGAGACUGAUCCGUGAAACUUGCUUGAAAUUAAGCUACAUUGACAUUAACUUUGUGAUGGUGUGGUAGCAGAUUCUGGUAAAUGUGCUUAAGUCUGUCUUAAACAAGGAAGUCAAAACAAAAAACAAACAAUACAUGUUGUAACAAACAUCUGCAGCAAAGGAAAACUGUAUGGAAUAGGUAACUGCACAGGAUGUGGAAUUUUACCGAAUUCCAACAAUGUAUUGGCUUUUUGGGGAUCCUGUGCAGUCACUUUUUGUUUAAAGCCUUUGUCUGUGACUGUUGCUGUUGUUUGCCAUGUUAUAUUUUGUUUAUGAGAAUUUUUUAUAAUAAUUUGAACACGCUUAUUUUCUAUAUUUUUUAGUAUGCUAACUGCAUGAGAAACAAUAUUAGCCAAGACUCAAUUUUCAAUGUUGAUGACAUCAAAGAUCCUUCUGUAAGUAGUUAUUAUUGGCUAUGCCCACAGUUAAGGAUUUGCCGAGAAAUUCUCGCCUCGCAGCACUCACAGUAAAAUACUAAUAGUAACCAAGGGUUAGGAGUACAGGCGAGAUCUAGAUCAAAGGUCAAAACACUUUUGUUCUAAAACGGUGCUUUGCAUAAGUUUGUGCCAGUGCAACAUGGCUUUCACUCUUGAUUCGCUCAGUAUUUCUCAUGAUUUCUCCUUUGCCUUGACUGAAAUGCCUUAUUUCUCAUGACCUGGUUGUUGUCAUCCAUCGCGAUGUAUUUUCGUCUACCCCUGCUUUGCUUUUUUGACAGCUAUUUUUACAUGACUGCUUAGACUUCCCAUAACAUGUGAAAUCUUCGCCAUUUUUUCCAGACCUGCCUUUCCAAAAUUAGCUAAGCCACUGCGCCUUGUGUCCCUCUUUCCGUAGCAAACGUGAUGCAGAUUUUGUCAAUGCUAACUCGUUAUAAAUUAUAAGCCAAGGGAUUUAUCUCAAUCGAAAAUGGAGAAAUAUUUUGAUUGAAAUAGCAAUUACUAUUAAUAAUUUUACUUUUUCCUACAUGGGUCCUUGAACUGGUGAGUACAUACAACCUUGAUUCAUUUUAUUAUGGCAUCUAUCGUCACAUGAAUGAUGUAAAUGAUAACUGUUAACAGUCUCCCGAACUAAUAUAAAAUGUUAUUCUAUACUAUUUUCAGAUUUUCUGGAAUUCAACCAUACAGGGAGAUCUAUACAAAGGGGUAAAGAGUCGUAUACAGGCUAAUUGAUUAAUUUGCUAUUAAGUACAAUUUAUUUAUGAUGUAUUGCUGGUUUGCUCGUGAUGUCACGGCAGCCAUGUUGAUGGUCAAGAAGAAAGCAUUUCUCUCCUCUGGGAACUAACCACCAUUUUCAUGUAAAUUCUUCAAGAAAAAAAAAUUCUAUUAUAUUGACCACCAACAUGGCUGCCUUUUCACGUGGUUGCAAACCAAGAAUACCUUCAGUUGAAUUAUGCAGCAGUCACAUCAAUCAACCAUAAUAUAUCCACCGGUUCUCCUAAACACUCAUUGAGCCUCUGGUGAAAGACUAGGCGGAAUCAUUCAUUUGCCCUAUUCUGCACUGUCAAUCACACUUCAGCAUUAUGUUGGACAACUUUAUCUUUUGCUAAUGAGUUUCAGAUUUCAGACACGGGCAUACAGUCUACUUCACAGCGUCUGUUUUAUUUUUAGGGCGUGUUUCUUGGUUGCAUGUUUGGUGCCCCAGCUCUUUAUAUUUGGGGAAUAGGAAUCUUAGCCGCUGGUCAAAGCUCUACUAUGACGGUGAGAAUCCCUCAGCCCUUACAGAUCUAGAUUAUAACUGAAAACUGUGGUCUAUUUCAGGGCUCAAAAAUACCUUGAAUUCAAGCUUGUCCUGUUGGCAAGCAGCUCUCACUUUUGCUUGCCCAGGGCCACUUCUGUUAUUAAUUUUGUAAGAGAAUGAUUUAUUAUUAUGACUUUUAAAUUAUACUUGUAUACUGUAAUCUUUUAUUGCAUGUUUUUGUAAUAAUUUUUUAUUUCCUUUUAUGGAUCCUUGCCCAUUGGGCAAGUCAGCUUUAAAAAGUUACUUGCCAGCAGAAACAUAUACUACGUAGUCCAGGACUACCAGUUAGGACUUUUUUCAAGCUCUGGUAUUAACUAGUCAGACUACGAGCAGUCUCACUUUUUUCUUAGUCUGACGCAAAAAUGACUACGUGCAUGACUGAAGGAGCAAGGUGGGAGAGGCACGACUGCCGCCCUCAUUUCUCGCGUCUUGCUCGCAUGCUCAUGUUCUCUCCUCGCUAAAUCUGAAGUAAAAAAGAGACUGCUUGCAGUCUGUCAACUAGUGGCCUCUAACCAGGAUGGUAGGGGCUAGAAUUGCGAUUGUGUGAGUAGAUGGUAAUUAAUGUAGCCCCACAAUUUCCAUGUUGAUGUCCUUAAUCUGUCCAGAAUCUGGCCAGAAUUUCUGUUAAGUUGACAUAGUAAUUACACUCCUUCAGUUAAUGUUUAUGAAUGAAGACAAAAGUUCACCAAGAUCAAAUGGACAAGCACUGAAUCUACCAAAAAAAAACCACUCACUUCGUGGGGAUAUAUUAUUUGGGUUUAAUUUUUUACAUAAAAUAUCAGGUUUUGUGCUGCUUAUGGGAAAUCUGGAAAGUCAUGAAAGUUAGGAAAAAAUAUUCACAUUGGUGAAUACAAAUUCUUUUAAUGUCUUCAUUUAUUAAUUACCUGUAGCCACGUGCAGUUGGUCGAGUUCCUAUUUUAAUGGACCUCUGAGGAAAUUAAAAGUUACUAAAAAAUUUAUUUGCCUUUCUUUCUAGGGAACUUACUCUGGACAGUUUGCCAUGGAGGUAACGUUUUCAUUCAAGUUAUGCUAAUAAACUUUUGUUUCAAUUGCACAAUCAUGGACUGACUAGAGUGCUGGACUUGUAGUUCGGAGGCCCCAAGUUCAAAUUCCCUCUUAACCACUAGCUUGAUUAAUGCUCACAUUGGAAAAAAAGUAGUUCGACGAGCUCACUAGCACGAAAGUUGGGGCUUGGGCGGCUUUAAAGGAACUACAUAAUUAUGCAAAGAAAAAGGGGCUCGCGGCGACUUUGUUUGUUAGGUAGUUAGAAAGUAAAGGCCCCAUAAUGUAUUCUAACCCAAGACCUGUCCUAGCUGUCUCUCCAUGUUGAACACUCUUCUGUCUUAAUUAUGCAGGGCUUCUUGAAGAUUUCUUGGGCUCGUUGGAAGCGAGUGUUGUUUACCAGGUCAAUCGCCAUUGGUCCCACUCUUCUUGUAGCAUUUUUUGAAGGUGUUGAAGACUUGACUGGAAUGAACGAUUUCCUUAACGUUUUGCAGAGUUUGCAGGUGUGUUCUGAUGAAGAAACAUUAAUUUGAAACUCUUUAUCCAACACAUCUUCUGUUCAGGUGUAGUUGUAAUGGUGUGGUCACGUUUUUGAGCAACCACUACAAACAGUUGAACGCGCGGUGCGCAGUUAUUACUCGGUUGUAUGGUAUUUAAUUUUGUUAAUCAAGACACGUUGAAUAAAAUAGCCCAGAAUUCUUUAAAGCUAUUCUUGCACGUGUCCAUUUAAACAAACAGAAUAAACCUUAGUCAAGGGCUAUCAAUAUCACAUGUGUUGUUACAAUGCUUUUGCCUUCCCUAUCCCAACCCUGCUCCAAAAACUUCCUGGUAGCAGACGCUAUGUAUGGCAGUCACAAGAUGAGAAUUUCCAUGUACAAUUGGACUUGAAUAGAAUAAAACACUAGAAGCAAUGUAGAAUGUGUUAUCCAUGUACAAGACUCUACAAUGUGGUUUAUAGAUCAUUGAGAUAGCACUAAGGCGCCCAACAUUGUCUAAUUUUGUUGGAUUGAAAGUGACUUGUUUCCUUCUAUCUUUUGCAGCUGCCGUUUGCGUUAAUUCCAGUGUUACAGUUUACUGGUGAUCCAGCAUUGAUGAAAUCCUUUACAAAUGGAAGGUGAAUACGUAGAUUUCACAGUUGAAAUACUUUUUUCUUUCUCAGUGUUUUGUUUGAUUACCAAAAACUAUAUUUAGCGCAGUGCAGUCCAUUUUCAAAUGCUUGGAAAAGAAAUUCUAUGUGCAAGUAAAAUUUCCACAAACAGUGAGCUGUCGGAAAGUAUACUAAACAGGACAAAACAAUCGAAUUUUGUUUUAGAAUAUUCCUAGAUAUAUAAAUAGAGCUUGUAAAGGUCAUCCUUGAGACAAAUUUUGCAAUGAUAAUGAGUCGCACUCUUUCAGUCAAAAAAUUCAAAGAAUUUUCUGAAGGCUUGCGUUUUUGUUUACAGGGUGAUGCAAACUGUGGCUUGGGUGUUGUCAAUAUUAGUUAUAGGAAUUAACUUGUUCUUCGUCAUUGAGUAUGUGGUAAGUAUUAAAUUAUGUAUUAUGCUGGAGCUCCGCUCUUAGGCAUAGCUUGGCAUGGCUAGUUAUUUGUCAGAUUAUUGAAGACUAGCAGUUAUUCUAUUUGUUUACAGUAUUAUUGUAUCAGUUUUGUAGUGAGUAUAAUCACUGAGGAAAUAGUGUAAAAUGCAAAAUCUCUUAUGUUUUGUUCUUUCUUUAUUUUGUCUAUAGCAACAAAUACCGGUAAAUGCUGGCUACUACAUUCUAGUUUCAGUGAUUCUGUUGUUUUAUAUCACAUUCCUUUUGAUACUGGUACGUAUAAAACUCAUUGGGUGAAUGAUAAAAGUUGGUCACAGGACAAUAUCUAACUGAAAUGUUCCCUUGUCCAAAUAAAUUCUACCUGCGUCCGGACGUGAUGAUCGGACAAUUCAAAUACUUAUAAUUUUGUAGCUUAAGAUUAGCACAGUAAUUGAAAAAAAUAAUUAAAGGUCAACAUAAUGAAUGUCCCAAAACUUUUCUGGUUUGUCCGAAUAUAACAAGACCAGGUUGGACAUGUUCUUUCUAAAUGACAGUCACUCAGUGAUUGAGUGGCACUACGAACAGACGAACGGUCUAUGACAGAUCAGCUGACUCUCUGAAUGUUUAUAACUCUUUUACUGACUGAUCGAGCAAAUGGCUGAAUGACUGACUGAUUGGUUAAUUCAUCGACUGGGUGAAUGAUAAACUAACUCUGACUGACUGAGUUACUGACUGUAGCUGAAGAAUAGGACAAUUGCACGAUGACGAUAUUUGACCACAACUACCAGAAUUCAUUUCGGUUUUGCGUUGUUAUUUUUAAAUUUAUCAAUCCCGCUGAGGAUUAAAGAACAAUAGCCUUAAUUUGCACAAGAAAACAGCAAACUCAAGGUUUCUGUUAGUUGUAGUAAAGUGACGUCAUGGUGCAAUUGUCGUAUUCUCGCCCCUUCCACAACCGUUCCCCGUUCCCUAAGUAGAUUAGAUACUCAUUGCAGGCUAGACUUGUACACCUUAAAACUAUUCAACAGCUUGCAUGUGAAGCUCGCGCGCGAAAGCCAGCGCAGAGCUCGAGAACGAGCGCAAACAAUGAAUCCUUCGCGGAUUUUGUCUCUAUACGCGCGCUUGCAGUCUCUAUAGAGAAAAUAGCACAGGGAGCAGAGGAGUUAUUGUGUCCUUGAUUGCAGUUAAAUUUUUCAGCUUAUAGCGCGAUUCGCCUUUGUUAAGUGCAGAACAGGAUCGCAUGUCGGUUUGAUCGGCCUAGUUCAUAUUCGAUUCUACAGUAAACCGAGGCGAAUCGCGCUAUUAGCUGAAGAAUUUAACAGUAAUCAAGGACACAAAUUACUCCUCUUCUCCCUGUUUCUCCCUUUGAUUCAUAGUGGAGCACAUGACGCUGAUGUCAUAUGCUUCUCUAAGGGACGGACCAUUAGAAAAGUUAUGGGGCGGGGGGAGGGGAAUUUUCGAGCCGCAGGAAUUUUUUUCGUUAUCAAAUUCCUUGUAUGAAUUUUUUUUAGGCCAUAGCACGAAUAUUUUUUAGGAUUAAUUGGCGUGCAAGAAUUUUUUUCAUUUAAUUUUCCCUUGCGGGAAUAUUUUUUUUUGUACUUCGCCCCCCCCGAUGAGUUUUCUAAUGGUCCGUCCCUAAUGAGAACAAGGUUGUCUAUAGUGGUCGCCACAGGUUGCUAAUAUUGGCCCACCAUUGAUCUGAUCUGGUCAACUUCGCCCCUAAAUGAGUGCCACUUAAGUCUGAAUUGAACUUUGUUUUGGUGAGGUAUUCUAAUAACUUGUUUUUAUUUCGUUGUGUUUUAGAUUUACCUAGCGCUAGGAUUGACGUUCUUAGAUUAUUUCAAGGUAUGUUAAGCCCUGCCAGUUUUGCUAAACGGGCUGUGAAGGACAUCCCUUUUUCUAAAGAAAAUUAUACUCAGUGGUGCCUUUAGUUUUCUUUUCGAGGACUUUGCUAACGUUGUAUUAUUUUUGUUGUUGUUGUUGUUUUGUUGUUUUUUUUUCGCUUAAAAAGCAAGGUACACUGAGUGAAACAAACUAUUUAAGUAAUAUAAAUAUUCUCGUUUGGAAUUAAAUCUCCUCGUAGCACACAGCUUAAACGUUUAACCUCCGGAGCAGAGGCACCGGCUCGAUACCCGGUAUCGCCCAUAUUUUCUUCGUUUCGUAUUUUUUCUUUUUUAUGGUUACUGGAGUAUUCAUAGCCAGUAAGCACAUUUCCUUUCGGCGGACGCUUUUUUUAAUUGUUCUUCUCUUGGUCUUUAUCGACAGUGUUUACAGAGACCUAAGGAAUACCUCAUCCACGAAAAUAUUUCUAAUGCUAACUCGGCGGAGGGGAACUCAGCUAUGAAUCCAGAUUAGAUGGUAGAACCUUGGAAUAAGUGGUCAGUUACCAGACUCGUACCCAGUCCCCUCUCUGUUUUCACGCUGUGAUUAAUGGGAAGGAUUUAGUGAGUUCGUGGUGCAGCAAGGGAAGGAAGGAAGAAAAACUCCCUUUUUCUCCAUCCCUCCCAAGCGCCUUUGCGCGCAUCAAUUUUCCUUUCCAUUUUCCUUUGCGUUUAUAAAUAAAUGGUGACUGGGUACGAGUCUGGCCAGUUACCAGCACGUUUUUGGUAUUGCGCCAUUUAAAGAGGUUACCGAACCCAUAGGCAAUGGACUUUUUCACAUAAUUUAGAAAGAAGGCUGCCUCACGCUUUCGGAUACGUAGUAGGUAAUAAAGAAAUAAUGUAUCGGGGUUAGGCCACUGAAUUUUAAAUCGUGUUUCUCUCAUUUCGUUAACUACUUAUCCAAUGCCCUUUUUCGAUUAACCUCGUUCCCAGGCAGGGUUGCCAAUGUCAGGAAAAGUCAGGGAAAAACGACAAAUUUUUGAAGGUCAGGGAAAAGUCAAGGAAAAUCUUUGAUGAUUAUUUUAAUUGUUAAGAGAUCAGUGAAAAGUCAUGGAAUUUUUUAGUUUCUGGUAAGCGGCAACCCUGGCAGGGUUAUCUCCUACUCGGACUUGUUUUUCCAUGUACUCGUCCGGAUCUUCUCAAUCGUUCAAAUCGUCCCAGAUGAGUUCAGACGGUCGAGACAAUGAUGCUAGGCAAUCCAGACAAUCGCAAUCGCCUGGAUCUGUAAAAGUGAAAUCUCUUAAUAAGCUUCUUUCCACAUAGUCGUGCGAAAUCGUUUGUCAGACUAUACCUUAAAUUGGCAAAGCCAAAGUCUUCUAUUCACCCAAUCACGGUCGCGUAUUACAAACAGAUCAGUCUAACGCUAUACACUGGAGGUUCCAUUUCAGAGAAAUGACCUUAAAUUGUGUAGCCCAGCCCUUUUAAAUGAACUUUUUAAGAGAAUUUAAAGCCGUUAUACUGCUAUUGCUGUUAGAGUGAAAGAUAGUUGGCGGCGCGAUUUAUUUUUAAGAAGAUUAGAAGUUACCGUAAAUCUGUUGACUAAAGAAAUGUUGUGGAAUAAGUUAAAAUAAGCUUCUAAAUAAGUAUUAUUGGUCGAGUAAGAUUUCUUUUGUGGAGCCAAGGAGCUUUCAAGAAUCUUUAUUUUCAUUGUUAUUAGCAAACACACCUGUUGUAAGGGUUUUUAAAACAACACAGAUGGUGACCUCAUCAUGUGUACGGUAAACAGCAGAGGUGGUCUAAUCUGUCGGAAAGAGACAGAUAAGUAAAAUCAAGCAUGCAGUAAUUCUCACGCGCAUGUAUUUCAACCUGAAAACAGUUCUUUUUGAUGGUUAAUCGGGGAAAAUGGUCACGUGGUCAUCUCUGCUGUUUACCGUAUAAGGUACGAAUAUAUCGCUGACGUCAUCAAUGAAAGGAUUAUUAGUGAAAACAAAAAGGUCUUUUGUUUUAUUUUUGUUACAUUUAAAUAGCAAACAGAUUUUUUUUGGGUUAACUGAUAUCUUACCUCUAUCGACUCUUUCUUUACCCUGGGUACCAGUGUUGUAUUUUUUCCCUCCUGUGCGACUGAGAUGCUGGGUUGUGACAAUGUAACAUUGACCCAGGGGAGGUUUUGCGCCCAGCGGUGUUAGUGAAAACAACGGUUUGUAGGGGUUGUUCAGUCUUGCGGGCUCACAAAACCUCCCUUAGGUCGAUCUUAUUUUGUAUUUGCCGAGAUGCUGCGGGGUUGGCUGCAUUCUGGUCCCCACAGCCCGUCGUUUCUUUUGGUGUCCAUGACAAAUCAAGCCGAGUGGCUUUGGGGAAGAAAAUGGGUCGGCCGUAGGAUGAUGCGGCUUCGGCCAAAGCCCGAAGCUACGAGCGGCGUCGCAUGAAACGUCUCUGGCACCCAGGGUACCCUUUCUUUGAUGAACUUAGUCUAUAUUGUCUGUAUACUUACCUUGUUUUGUAAAGUUAUAUGAAUAAUGCAGUACUUAGCACAGUAAGACGUUAUGAAUAAAAUAGAAUUUUUUAAUAUUUUGAAGAAGCACCAGCUAAUCUUUUAGCCCAAGUGGGUUAGUCCACUCUUUACUUGGUCGACCCUGAGCGAAAAGCAAGAGCAGUAUGCCAGUAGGAAAAGAUUUGUCAAAAUGCUAAAAAUUUCUCACCAUUUCCUCUGAUAUAAGCGAACUGAUGAAAGUGUUAUGCACUGCAUGGCCGAAAUUAUUCCUUAUAUUAUCUCGAAGAUACCGUUUUCCCUGGCCUUCCCUGACUUUGGGAGUAUGGCUCUCUCUCCCCAACAGCCAAAUCCUCUUUGUGUCGUGAGGAGGCUGGGAAGAGGGAAGAAGGAAAGCGCGCGGGGGACGAUGGGAAGGGGAAAGAAAGGAAGAAAGGCUUCCGCCUUUUCCCUCUUCCCAUCGCCCACCGCGCGCUUACUAUUUUUCACUUGUUGUUAUUUUUUUUAAUCGGAAAACCCAGCUGGUAGCCAAAACUGAUCGAAAAAGGGCUGCAAAAUUUUUCUAGUCUUCUAAGAAAAAUAGAGAUGGAAGUAUAAUUCUGUGUCAUUCAAAGAAUAGAUAGCAUUAAGGGUG